AUGAAGAGCCUGCUCCUUCUCUCCAUUCUGGCUGCCUUCGCCGGGGCGGUUUUGUGUUACGAAUCUCAUGAAAGCUUGGAAUCCUAUGAAAUCAGUCCCUUCUUAAACAGGAGAAACGCUAACAGCUUUAUAUCCCCACAGAAUAUAUGGAGAGCUAAAGUCCAGGAAAGGAUUCGAGAACGCUCCAAGCCUGCCCACGAGAUUAACCGAGAAGCCUGCGAGGACUUCAAGCUUUGCGAACGCUAUGCCAUGGUUUAUGGAUACAAUGCUGCCUAUAAUCGCUACUUCAGGCGGCGCCGAGGAAGCAACUGA